GCCAUCUUGGUGUAGGCAAAGUUCUAGAACUGCUUCGGUGUCCUUAAUGCUUGUCUCGGUUGUUUAGAACUCUUAUCCCUGCAAUCCAUUUCCCCGGUUACUCAUCACUUCCUGCUUCCAGUCUGACCGGAAGCGGCUGCCACAGGGGUAGGACUGGAACAAGCUCAAGGUAGGUGUUAGCUUUACAGGUACAUACACAGAUUUGGGGGUCCCUGAGUUCAUAUCUGUUACUUAUUUGUUUCAUUAUUUGAAUCUUGUAAUACUGUGGCAAUUUCUGCUUAUGUGUUAGAAAGAUCAUAUAUAAUAUAUAUAAAAACAACAACAAAUGGGUGACCAGACAGUCCAAAUAGGAGUACUAACGAAUGAUCACAGAGCCUUCAUGGACACAUAUCUCUUCAUCAUAGGGAUGAGCAGUACAUGAAAAGUUCUGCCUGGAGUUAUGUACCAUGCAUGAACUGUAUGAGUAAAAUAAGUUAAAGGGACACUGAAAAUAUAAUAACCCCUAAAACCUGCUGUUGUGGUUAUGGUGUCAGGGGUGAGCUGGUGUAACUGGCACCAUUCCCAGUGUAAUUUUUCAAACCAUUUUAGAACAGAUUGACUUUUCAAUCGGGUCCCUCAAGCAUCUGUGCCGCAUCUGGUCAUCUCCUGCAGAAGUCAGAUGUCAUUUAUAGAGCUAAAGCAGGGCCGGGACAGUACUGCCCUCACUGAAAGCGUUCCCGCUCGAAGCCAAUGAGCCUUUCUCCUGCAUGGCCCUGCUUAGGUCAGUUUAGCUAACCAAAUUUUCAUGGAGACAGAAACAGGGCAUCUGGCCAUGGGCACCAGACAAGGCCCAGGUAAGUUGUUAAACCAUUCUCAGGUGAUUUGAUAAAUUACACUGGGAAGACACCAAAGAACUCCUACACCAAGCAAGUUUGAGACAUGCUUAGUGUUAAAGCAGAGUAGGCACCUGCUUUCUCAAAAUUGCAGGUUCCCACUCUGCCAAAAUUUACCCGGGGGGGAGAGUUCACUGGAGGAGCUCAGUCUUCCUGCUCCUUUGCGCCGUCUGUAAUGGUGCCGGAAUAUGAUAUGAAAUAUUCUGGUAGCCGGCAUCACUACAGACGCCGCGCACGAGGGAUCAGUAAGGAGAUCUCCAGAUAGAAGAUCCCCACUGGACCCCAGGGAAUGAUGUGUGUGCAAGAAUAUGUAAAUGUGUGUGUGUGUCAGUGAGUAUGUGUGUGUGCGCGUCUGUCAGUGUGUGUGUGUAAUAAAAAUCCAGCGCUCUUCCUUAUCUACUAAACAGCAACUUUGGUGCUGACAGAUUUUGUUAGUUUUUUAAAAAACCCUAAUCUAAGCAAAAAAUAAUGGGAGUUUAGUUACGUUAUAUAAUCAUACAUUGCAUAAGCCUGCCACAACGUCAAUGUACCCCAUCUUUGGCAGGUUCUACUCUAACAGCCAAAUGUCUGCUAAAUGAGCUACUUACUUGGGGAAAACUAUGUCUGUGUCUGUCAGUGUUGCGAUGGCCGUGGCUGGACAGUGGAGUACUUGGAGGUGUACAUAGGCAUGUGACGUCGAUGUGCUCCACCUUCACAGGGUUUCAAGAAGUAGCGGGAGGAUCAGCUUUGGCACAUUGUGCAGGCGGCGCCAUUUGGGGUAUACCAGAGGCCGGACUCUGGAGUCACAUACUGGCAACUGCAAUGUGAGUGGAGUCUGCUUGUUGGCUAGAGGAGGGUGCUAGGAUUUAGUGGGGGGUGCUGUUUUUUUUUUUUAUUAUUUUAUACUGUUCUUUUUAAAAUAAAUCUGUUUCUUUGCGGUACACAUAAACUUAAACCUUGUUUAUUUGGCCCGUGCUGGACUUUGAGUUUGACGUGCUUGUUCUACACCAGGCUUCCCCAAACUCCGGCCCUCCAGAUGUUGCUGAACUACAACUCCCAUGAUUCUAUGAAUGAAAUGGAUAGGCUGAGAAUCAUGGGAGUUGUAGUUCAGCAACAUCUGGAGGACCGAAGUUUGGGAUAGCCUGUUCUACACCAUAUCGACUACAUUGCACUGUAUUGAUUUUGGUGCUUAGUGUUCCAGUAACUAAUAAAGACAGUUCUCUGGGUAGUACUAAAGGUAUUUAUUUACCAGUUCUUAUACAAAGUGCUUUACAACAUUUAAAAAUAAUAAAAAUGUAAAAACAUUUACUUGUCCAGCAAACUAGUUGCCGCCUUCUCCUUGUCCUGGCAUAGACAAUUGUUUCAGACUGGGGCUCUAGGCCCUGCACAUUGACAAAGUUAUUUACUAAACCCUGAAUUUCCGCCAAAUAAAUCUGAAUGGAAGAAUUGAGGCCAAAAUAGCUGAUCUGGAAGUAAAUAUUAAACAGCUAUAGUCACAACUGGCUAUUUGUUCGGAUUUGCCACUCAGAUCUAAUUUGAGUUUGAGUUUUGUGUCUUCCCUCAUAGAGAGAGAGAGAGUGAGUGUGUGUGUGUGUGUGUGUUAGCUGGGUGUAAUCGGUGUGUACUGGCCAAAUGUAACACAUACGUUGCAUGUGCUGACUGUUUUUAGUGUGUGGUGCUUUUAGUAUGGAUCUAUGUAACAAUAGGGCAAUGACCCCAUCUUUGUAGGUUGUAGUAUUUAAGCAAGAAAGGUUGAUUUAGCUUAAUAGUUUCCAAUUAUGUCUAGGGUGUAGAUUUCAAAAACACUCCCCUCCCCCAGAAAUUAAAGACAGAGCUGACUUUGCUGACAAUUAGCAGGUGUUACUACUUUUCACCCAAUAGCAUAUACACCAAAGACUUAAUAAGGACUAAGCCAACCUCUUGCCCUCAAAACAGGUGCAUUCAUUUUAAGAAUGUUGUCGUACCAGUCAUAAAUGGUAUUGUGUCAAAAGAGACAUUGCAUCAUUUAAAAAAAAAAAAAAACAAUAUAGUGGUUAUGUUGUCUAGAGUAUCUGCCUCAUGGAUCCCCAUUUUUCACACUUCUCAGAAUAAUGGUUUGAUAUAGAAUUAGGGGCUCCAUUUCUAGCCUGUUUGCACCAUAGCCACUUCAAGAUGCUGGAGUUUUUAUGGUACUUAGACUGCACCUAUAAAUCAUGCUGUAGAGAAAUAAUCUUUAGCAGGAAGCAUACGUUCAGCAGAAUAGCAGGAGCAUAGUUUAGCUUGUUUUCAUAAUGAAUAAUUGUCUUCUAAAGCGUAAAUUGUCGUGGAUUGGCAACUGAAUCAUGCUUGUUUUAUCCAUCUGAGAAGAAUGAAAGACUGAGUUCACUUUGCUGAAAACUGAGCCACAUCAUACAGGGUUAUUCACUAAGUGAAAUUUGCUGGGAGUUCAAAGUAAAUUUCAAGUCAUAAUAUGUAGUAUGAAACAAGGGUCACUACACCAUUAUUUAAUGUGUUCAAAUAAGCAUUAUAUCGCUCCUAUAUUCACAUUAUAGGGGAAUGACAUUUAAAAGGUAGCUUCACCGCAGCGUCAAUUGUAGUGGAUUGGCAACUAAAUCACAAAUUACAGCGUAAUUGAAGAAGAAAACAUUUUUUGCUGUUUUUUGGCGGCUGUAGAUGCGUAGCAGACUUUAUGGGUCAAAGUUAGAAAAGGUGUGUGUGUGUGUGUGUGUGUUUUUUUGUUUUUGUUUUUUUUCUUUUCAUCAUAUUUGAUAAUUUUUUUUAAAGUAAAUGAUGAUAUGAUGAAAAUAAUGGUAUCUUUAGAAAGACCAUUUAAUGGUGAGAAAAACUGUAUAUAAUAUGUGUGGGUACAGUAAAUGAGUAAGAGGGAAAUUACAGCUAAACACAAACACCGCAGAAAUGUAAAAAGAGCCCUGGUCCUUAAAGGACCGCUAUAGUGCCAGGAAAACAUACUCGUUUUCCUGGCACUAUAGUGCCCUGAGGGUGCCACUCUGCAUUGUAGAUAGAACGCUCCAAGCACCACGAGUGGGGGAAUAUUUAAAAGGCUUUCAUGUUCACUGUCUGACCUAUUUUUCUUUUCUUUUCUUAAGGAACAUAAAGAAAAUGGUGUCUAAGCAAGCCUUCCUUUUUAGCUUGGGGUCCCUUUACCUUUCCCUCCUCUUCAUAUUUCUUCUUAUGGACGUCUAUGCAAGACCUGCAAACAACUCUGCCUUAAAAGAAAAGGCCUCGGACAAUAAAGAUGAAAAUGAAAUUUUGCCUCCAGACCACCUGAAUGGAGUUAAGAUGGAGAUGGAUGGACACCUCAACAAAGAAUUCCAUCAAGAAGUUUUCCUGGGAAAAGAGAUCGAAGAAUUUGAUGAGGAUUCAGAGCCUCGCAAAAAUAGGAGGAAGCUAGCAGCUAUCUUUGCAAAGUAAGUAAUGGCCCAUUAGGCAAUAGUGGGGGAAAUAAGAACCAACACAGAUGCAGUUUAUUCUGCAAAAAUUUAACAUACUACAUUAAAGGGACUCUACAGUGCCAGAAAAGCAAUCCGUUUUUCUGGCACUGCAGGUCCCCUCUUCCUCCCACCUCCCAAUCCCCGGUUGCUGAAGCACUGAAAACCCCUUCAGUGACUUACCAGAGGCAGCAACAUGUCCCACGUCGCUGCUUCUUCCUCCGCCGCUCCUCCUCUUCAUUACGUCGGCCAGUGGGCGAGAAUGAUCCUGGCCGGGGAGAACUAAUGCCGCGCAUGCGCAUUAGAGCUCUCCAUAGGAAAGCAUUGAAAAUGCUUUUCAAUGCUUUCCUAUGGGGAAUUGAGCGACAGGUUUUCUGUGCUAUAAUCCAGGAAGUGCCCUCUAGUGGCUGUCUAGAAGACAACUGCAAUAAUUACACUUGCAGGGUUAAGGGUAGUGGGAGUUGGCACCCAGACCACUCCAAUAGGCAGAAGUGGUCACGAUCCGCCGCAGCUUGGUUGGGGUUGGGGUCUAGCCAUCUCCUACCCACCCUGGACCUACGACAAGGCUCCAGGUUCCAGUGGGUGAACCUCUCUCGCUCCAGAGAGUCAAGCAGGAACAGCUCUUACAAGAGCUUAGUGAUUAACUAUAGUUCUUCAAUCCCCCAAACAUGAGCCGAAACUUCAUGAAGAUGCAAGAUGAUCUGAGAGUUUAAUGGUACAGGUUGGAUUUUUAUACAACUUUUCAGGCCAGAGGAACACCCACUGAACCUGAUGGGGCACAGGACACAAAUUGUACAGACCAAUAGAAAGAAUUUAACAAUGCCUGACACUCCCACAUACAGCAACAAUCCCUCCCCUCUGCUUGUAAUACAAUUAAGGUAGAUAAUGUAUUAACGUAAUUAUCCCCAAGCAUAAAAAACACAUUUUACAAAACCCCCAAAGUACCCCGAAACACAACAUAAAUCUUACAUCCUGAUCUGGGUGAACAACGUAUCCAAAAAUCACCCAGAUCAGAGCAGGGGUUCAGGAAAUUCCUGGAAGUCUUAUUUUUGACCCACCAUGCACAUGGUCCCAUGCCCAAAACAGUUCCAGAGAAUUAGGGCUAACGGUUGGUCUCUCUGUCUGGAGUACAAAAGUACAUACUUCACAUGAACCUUUUAAAGUGCAUUGGGCAAGGUAUAUUGCAUGGCUCAUAGUCCUGAGGCAAUAGGCUGGUCAGCAGGCCCCUCCAAGAACCCUUGACGAGGUUCAGAUUGUCACAGAGCCACAAUCACAGGGUAGGAGGCUGGCAAACAGGGCGCUCCAAAAGCCAGUGACAAGGUGACUUGUCACAGGCUCGAAAAAGAAAUACACAAGUAAAAUACAGAAAAAUAACAUUAAAGGGACACUAAUAAAAUAUAUAUAAUUUUGAUAUUGCAGUGUUCCUUAGGCACCAAUCUUUCCCACACACACACACUUCCUCCCCCCUCCCCAUAAACACCAGAAAACGUAUAGGUAAUUCAGCAGUCUCCUUCGUCUGAGAUCAUCCAUCUGGAUGAUCGUAAUUACAAUCCAGUGCUUCUCAUUUAGGCUCUGCUGCAGUCACUGUGCUCAGCUAGUCGGAUGCUUCAUAGAGAAGUGCUCAGUCUAAUGCUUUUCUUUGAGAAGCAUUGCAACACCUAUCUUAAAGCCUUUCAACUCCUAAGUAAUGGUCUCUAGUAGUUACCUGAGGCAUCCUUGGUGACAAAUGUUUAUAUUGCCAUUUCUCCCAAAUGACAAUGCUUACUUUUUCAAAGUGCUGGGACAACUUUUUGAUGUUUAGAGUGUUGAUUUAAAACAAAGAAUAUAUUGUGGUUUUAGAAUGUCUUUAUCAAUACUCACAGGUUUAUUACUAUACUCUGUAUUGUAGAUAGAACGCUCCAAGUCUAACUUGAGCUUUAAAUAUGUUGACAUUCAAAUAAAAGAACUAUGAACAGAAUAUUGUAUACCAGUAGUAGUAUAAAGAUAGAAUUUAAACAUGUAUUUUGCAAAAUUCAAGCAUUUCUUUGUUCGCACUUUUUGACGCUUCCUAAAGAAAAGAAAGUACGGUUUUGGUCGUACACAUUGGGUGAGCUUUGAAACAAAGACUAAACAGUUACCCAUCAGUAUGUAAGGGAGCACUGCCAGAGGUAGUGACUGUCUGCCAGGAACUGGGAAAAAAACUAAUGAGCAUUGCUACAGGAAGGGAAAACGAGAAAGUCCAUAUGCAGCCAUUUGGAUUAGCGGAGCAGGCCAAUUUAGGGGUACGCUGUUAGAAUACACUAAUGUUGAGGUCAUGUAUUAUUGGCAUGUAUAUAGCACCAACUUAUUCCAUGGCGCAUUACAAUAUUUUAGAGGAGUAAAUUUAACUAUAAAUGAUACAAUUUAGAAUUGUUACAGGAACAAUGGGUUGAGGACCCUGCUAGAAAGAGCUCUUAAUCUACAAAUGUAACUGUUGUGUGACAUUUGCAUGGUGAACCUGUCAUUCACCAUGCAAGUGGGUGACAUAUUUCCUUCAUGCCUUUAAAAGUGACAUCAAAUCGUGUUCAUCUUGAUCGGUUAAAAAGAUUACUCUGUCACUUUGAGUCAGAAGCAAAAUAGUGCAAGAUCGCGGUGCUGCCAAUGGCACAGAUCUCAUCAUCCCUGUCCACACUCUUAGAGAUUUAGGCUUCUUGUUUCCGAUAAAGCAUCUUAGAGCCUCCAUUUACUACUAGAGGGAAAGCUUCUAUUUGGCUGAUGGAAUGUUACAGUGGGAGGUUUUCAGAAGGAUAUUACAGCACCUUUUGGCACGUUGUCAUACUACGGCAGUGCAGAAGCUAUUUCUUUAGCCAACUAAUUGUUAGACUUGGAAUGUAUAUGUAAAACACAAUUCAUAAACACAACCAAUGUUUUAAGUUUACUUUUCAACCUGUUAUAACCCUCCUUUAUUUAAUUAAAGUGUUAAUUAAAAUGUUGAACACAGAACCGCUUACACAUUUUAUAAGUUGGCAUUUUAUAACUGAAAUAUAAGGUCAUUGACAUUUGAAAUGAGUAGGAAGUAUUUCCAUCUAGCAUUCAUUGAUCACCUUUUUAAGGUGUGUCAGUGAGUCAUAUAUGUCACUCAGGACGUGUUCUGAACUAAAAAAUUCAAAAGUCCUACAAUACAAUGUGUUCUAGUAAUUUGUUACCGUUCUUCAGAUUCCCAUUUGGGUAGAUUGGUUCAGACAGCCACUCUCUGAUUUGCUUUAUCAUAGUAAUUUUGACGAAUAAUCUUCAUAGUUUUUUUUUUUUAAUUUGACAAUUUUUAUUGUUUUGUCAUAUAAAAGGGUAGGGGUACAGAAAGUAAAGAGGGAAGGGGGGACAGAAGGUUUAAAUCACGAAAUUGCAGUUGUACAACAUUGCUUUGUGUUAAACAAGUCAUUGACAUUGAUAUUCAUGAAGUUGCACUUGUACUGUGAUUUUUUUUUGCUUUAUCAUGUGACAUCUUGAUGUAUGGUUAGCGGGGGAUACCUAGUAUACCGAGGCAGUUUAUUAACAUUUGUUCAUGGGGUCUAUCAGGGACCGUCCCUGCUGUCAUCUAUUGCUAUGCUUUCUUGGAUCAGCCUCUUUGUCUUUCUCCGCAUUUCUAGGGUGUGAGGGUAAGCAGCGUUUAAUAUUACUUAUGUAACAUAUAUAGGAUUGACACAGUAUUCGUUAUAGUUUAUGUGUGUUCACUAAUAUUUGUCGGACGAGGACGUCAGAGUCCCGGGUGUGAAUUUCGGCAUAUAGCGCAUUACUUUUAAGGGUAAGUUGCUAGGCUAGAGUGCGCACCCAGUAUGUGUAGGUUUAACAGUUGCUCACUAAGUAUUCUUUGUUGUGGUACGUCUAUUCUAGGUGCCCUGUGUUUUCAUUCGCUUUUAGUGUAAAGGAGAUCUGAUGAUUUCGUUUCUUAAGGGCCUGAACCUUGGGCUAUAUUUGUAUACGGUAGCCAUCUCGCAUCUUUCAUUUGUGAAAUCUUGUAAAGGUCUAGUGCGUGAUUUCGUGUUUCCCUGCAGGGUUCGUGGUUAAGGUUUGAGGCUGGGGGGGGGGAAAGGGAUGCAGGGGGAAGGGAUCAUAGCUAGGGUAGUGGGUAUGACCCUGGUGAGGUCCGUUACUGACGAGGACAUCUUUGGGCAGGGAGUCGUGUCUUUAGUCAAGUUCAGUCGUUUAGUGUGAUAGAACUUCGCUUGAGUAGCUGGCAGGUUUUGCUACUCAUAGUGGCAGUGGUUUAAAGUGUCUUGAGUCAUGUUAGCCUCUUUUCGCAUUAGGCUAGGGGGGGUUUGGGAGUGGCUGCUGUGUUGACAGGUAGGUACGCCACAUCUCGGCCAUGGGGAGGCUCAGUUUCCCUAUUUUGAGUUGAUUCCACAUUUGUAGUUCAUAAUCCACUGUUGUUGACAACAGAGUCUUGAUUUCCUGUGUUGAGGGUAGUGUAGAGGUCUUCCAGUUUCUAGCUAUUAGGUUGGAGACUGUGCUCAAUAUGAUAUAUAUCAUUUUUUUUGCUGGUUUGGGGAUGGUGUCAGGGAAUGAUCUUAGGAGAAUUGUUUUGGGCUCGUGAAUCAUAACGUCUUGAAUCAUACGUUCCGUCGUUGUCCAGAGUUCGUUCACAGUGGGGCAGGUCCACCACACGUGUAACAUUGUGCCUCUGUGUGAGUUGCAGCGCCAACAUAUGUCUGGUGUGUCAGGGUACAUGUUAUGUAGUCGUGAGGGUACCAUGUACCAUCUAUAUAGCAGUUUGCGUGACGUUUCAAAAUGUGCCGCACAUGAGGAUAAACCUUCGUGUGUUGUGAAUAUGUCCUUCCAUUCACUUGGGGAGAGCUGUUCUUGGAGGUCUUCCUGCCAGUCAUUCAUGAAUUUCCAUGUGACUUCUGUUUUGAGGUAUUCUAGGCCGUCGUAGCAGGUGGACAGCGCUUUUUUCGGAGGUGUUGCUGACAUACAUUGUCGUUCAAACUUCGUCGCUGAGGUCUUUAAAGUCUGGUUACUGUUAAUGAUCGAGUUAUCUCUCAGUAGAGCUUUUAAUUGUAGGUACGAGAAUGCGAAGUUCGGUGGGAGCGAGUAUUCGGUUUGAAGGUCUGGGAACUGUUUCAGGCCUUCAGCUGAGUAGAGGUGGGAUAGGUGCGUGAUGCCCUUUUUUUCCCAUUUGCUGUGUGGGAAUGUGCCAUUGCAGUGGUGUAUUGUUUUGAUCGGGGCGGUUAAUUCCCACGGGUGAGCCGAGCAUAGUUUUUUUUCUGCAGGUGUCCCAUGUGGAUAGCAGGAGUUUGGUGGUGGGCAAUAGGUCCUUGGAGCUUGGCCUUACGUGUUUGGGAGUCCACAGCGUGGAUGAAAGGUCGUUGUUGACGCAGAGUUGGCUUUCCAGCGCUACCCAUUGUGGAGGCUGGUGUAAUCUUCAUAGUUUAAGCAUGUUGCUGUAAUUGUGGCUUACCUCUGUGCCACAGAUGUUUUGAAAUGGGUUGUUGGCGUGACCUGUGAACUAAACGCUUUAUGACAUUCAUGUGAACCUAUUCCUUUCAUAUUUAGCAAUGUAUUUGGUUUGCAUGCCUGCGAAAAGCUGUGUCAGACAUUAGCUGAAUUCUGCCUUAAAUAGUAGCUCAAAUAGUGCCUGCUCCCUUUUGGGGUUGAAAUGGAACAGUCAAAUUUGAGAUCACUGUCGUGGAUGUGAUGUCAGUAGGAACUCUGUAGUAGUUGUGAUGUCAGUAGGAACUCUGUAGAGGUUGUGAUGUCAGUAGGAACUCUGUAGAGGUUGUGAUGUCAGUAGGAACUCUGUAGAGGUUGUGAUGUCAGUAGUCACUCUGUAGUGGUUGUGAUGUCAGUAGUCACUCUGUAGUGGUUGUGAUGUCAGUAGUCACUCUGUAGUGGUUGUGAUGUCAGUAGGAACUCUGUAGUGGUUGUGAUGUCAGUAGGAACUCUGUAGUGGUUGUGAUGUCAGUAGGAACUCUGUAGUGGUUGUGAUGUCAGUAGGAACUCUGUAGUGGUUGUGAUGUCAGUAGGAACUCUGUAGUGGUUGUGAUGUCAGUAGGAACUCUGUAGUGGUUGUGAUGUCAGUAGGAACUCUGUAGUGGUUGUGAUGUCAGUAGGAACUCUGUAGAGGUUGUGAUGUCAGUAGGAACUCUGUAGAGGUUGUGAUGUCAGUAGGAACUCUGUAGUGGUUGUGAUGUCAGUAGGAACUCUGUAGUGGUUGUGAUGUCAGUAGUCACUCUGUAGAGGUUGUGAUGUCAGUAGUCACUCUGUAGUGGUUGUGAUGUCAGUAGUCACUCUGUAGUGGUUGUGAUGUCAGUAGUCACUCUGUAGUGGUUGUGAUGUCUGUAGUCACUCUGUAGUGGUUGUGAUGUCUGUAGUCACUCUGUAGUGGUUGUGAUGUCUGUAGUCACUCUGUAGUGGUUGUGAUGUCUGUAGUCACUCUGUAGUGGUUGUGAUGUCUGUAGUCACUCUGUAGUGGUUGUGAUGUCUGUAGUCACUCUGUAGUGGUUGUGAUGUCAGUAGUCACUCUGUAGUGGUUGUGAUGUCAGUAGGAACUCUGUAGUGGUGUGAUGUCAGUAGGAACUCUGUAGUGGUUGUGAUGUCAGUAGGAACUCUGUAGUGGUUGUGAUGUCAGUAGGAACUCUGUAGUGGUUGUGAUGUCAGUAGGAGCUCUGUAGUGGCUGUGAUGUCAGAAGGAACUCUGUAGUGGCUGUGAUGACAGUAGUAAUUCUGCAGUGGCUGUGAUGUCAGAAGGAACUCUGUAGUGGCUGUGAUGUCAGUAGGAACUCUGUAGUGGUUGUGAUGUCAGUAGGAACUCUGUAGUGGUUGUGAUGUCAGUAGGAACUCUGUAGAGGUUGUGAUGUCAGUAGGAACUCUGUAGAGGUUGUGAUGUCAGUAGGAACUCUGUAGUGGUUGUGAUGUCAAUAGGAACUCUGUAGAGAUUGUGAUGUCAGUAGGAACUCUGUAGUGGCUGUGAUGUCAGUAGGAACUCUGUAGUGGCUGUGAUGUCAGUAGGAACUCUGUAGAGGUUGUGAUGUCAGUAGGAACUCUGUAGUGGCUGUGAUGUCAGUAGGAACUCUGUAGUGGCUGUGAUGUCAGAAGGAACUCUGUAGUGGCUGUGAUGACAGUAGUAAUUCUGCAGUGGCUGUGAUGUCAGUAGUAGCGGUAAUGUCUGUAGUGGUUGUGUAGUACCCUGACCCUGUUUCCAGUAAUGGGACAAACCAAUUUGCAAAUGUUUACCCUCUUACCUGGGUCCCCCAGGCGUUGUGAGUCCUUUUUGGUGACGUACAUCCAGUUUCAGCAGAGCUUCAGAUGCGAUGCCGUUGCUAUUCAUUGGCUGACAGCGUCAGUUGAUUGAACUCAGCCAAUGCAUGCAAUUCUGUGCAUAGAUUUAUGCACAGAAUUAACAUUAGCCAGCGUGGAAAUCCUCAGUGACACUGCGGGAGAUGGAGUUACACCUCCAGCAGCAAAGAAGCUAAACUCUGUAUGUGCAGCACUUCAUAGCAGAAUUCUGCAUAUACAGACUCUAGGCACCAUGAACCCUUCAAAUCACUAAAGUGGUCAUUGUGCUUGGAGUAUUUCUUUGGCUGUGGCUCACUAUGAAACAAAAUGUUUGGGGUUUUUUCAAUGUGUUUACUUUAGAAGUUCUUAUCUCCUGCUCUCUAAAUUGGACUUUAAUCACACUCAUGAGGCUCCUGCAGGCUCUUUCAGACAGGUUACAGAAAAGGAUAUAAUACAUUCUAAAGUCAAAACUGCAAUAAAUGAAGUAGACAGAUUAGAUCUCUCUUUACAGGAAAGGUGUAGGAAGUCUACGUAAGUCACAGGCAACACAAAAGGGACCAAAGCUGCAUAAACCGUGAUUUAACUCCUAAAUGACAGAUACAGUGAGACUGUGGGGACAUGAUCUAUACUCCAAAAUCACCUACUUAAGCUAAAGUUGUGUUGGUGCUUACAGUGGAUACUCUAGUCAUCUUAACUACUACACAGUUUGACAAAAGAUGCAACUCUCCUGGCACCCAGGUCCGACGUGCUGCUCAAAUAACGCAAUUGUACUUCUGUAUUAUACGUCCAAACCUGUUAAGGAUUGGUAGGUUGAAAGAGCUGGGCAAAUUUGACCUCAGAUCAUCAUUGUUGUCCAAAAGUGGACAGUUUUGUACAGAUAAGGCAGGCGUAUAAUUUCUAUAUUGUUAAUAAAGAGUAGAAUCUUCAGUCGUUGGCUGAUGAAAGAACAUGCUCAGAGGCAUGCUACCAUGGCUCCCCUAUCAUGGUUAGGGAAGCUAGAGUGCCCCUUUAAUAUUCAUUAAAAAAUGUAUUAUUUUUUAAAUUUAUUUAUUUUAUGUUUUCUGAGAAAUCUGAUUCUGUGCUGACGGUAAGAUUAGGAUAGGACCGUAAUCUGCCUCUUCCUGCUGGGAGCACACAUUGAUGUGGUACAUUUACCCGAAAUUAUGUCUCAGCAUAAACUCGGAUAACCUGAACACUAAAACAGUUUUACAACCUCAGAGCGAGCGAGGUUACAAAAAACAAUCCCACACAGACUACUAGGUGCAGACUGUGUGGUUUUGUACUUAUGACUCUCGUAGAUAUAUUUUACAUUAUUGCUUGCUUUUUUGUGUGAACCAAUACAUAGUCACGUCUCAUGCCCUGCAGGUCUCUGUUGGCCAAUAUUUUUAUGUAGAUGUUCGCAUACCUUUCAGAAUUUCAAGCUAAAGGACUAAAAAUGAUGAAAAAAUUAUGAAAUUAAACUGUUUGUAUGUAUAUGUAUGUAUGUAUAUGUGUGUGUGUAUGUAUGUAUGUGUGUGUGUGUGUGUGUAUAUGUAUGUGUGUGUGUGUGUGUGUGUAUGUAGUAGUUAAUUUUAUAUAUAGUUUUUAGUUUAUUUAAUCAAAUCUUCUGGGUAUUUUAUUCACUUUUCUCAAAACAGGUACUAUGUUAACGUCACUAUUAAAGGGAAUAUCUUGUGUCACAGCCCUUCAUCGGAUGGGAAAAAUAGAUCAGUUGUAUUAUUUAGUUUACAGUGUUGAAAGGGAACCUGGCAUCCAAAAAAACUGUGGAUGAUUUUUUUUUCAUUUUCAGGUAGUUUUAGAUCUCAUGUUUGAUUUGUGCUAGCAAAAUAGAUAACAAUUAUAUAGAUUAAAAAAGAUAUACUUGCCUUAAACGCUUCUUAAUCUACAUAAAAGAUGGCGUGGGGAAAUGGGACUGGCGCAGUGAUUAAGGAAAAAAAAGGCAAAAAACUGAACGUCCUGUAUACUUGUGUGUUCUCAAAUUAGCUGUGAAAUUCUAUCCUCUAUACUUUGUGUGUUUUAAGUGAUUAUUAAAAGCUGAAAAGUUGUCCCUUUUUAUAUUCAUUAUAACUCACAUGGCAGAAUUUUAAUACCAUACAUUAUAAUACGUAUCGUUGCUACAAGCUGGGUAAUAUAAAAAGAAAAAAGGAGGACCACCAGUUUAACCCCUUAAGGACACAUGACGUGUGACAUGUCAUGAUUCCCUUUUAUUCCAGAAGUUUGGUCCUUAAGGGGUUAAAGUAUUUGGGUGUGAUCACGGAUUUCAAGAAGGACUAGAGGAAGUUUUGUCAAACACCUGAGCUCUCUUUGGGUUCUUUGCUAUUUUGGACCUUGAUACAUUUGAUGAGAAAUUCAUUGAAGGUUUUUAAUGAUGUGUUGAAGUCUGGGGAACCUCAUUGCCAGUUCAUUUGCAGAAAGUUUUAACUAAAUUCGCAUUCUGAGCCCAUUCUCCUUUCGGUAGUAGAAGGGGAAAUUUAUAAUAAACACACAUCACACAUUUGUCUGCUAGAAUUCUGACAACUUCCUAUUCCUCAGAGGUUUAUCAGCCUGAUUUAUAUCUAAAUUGUGAACAUUGGUGAUCACCUCUAUCAUACACAAUCAUGAACUUGGUGUUGUUUGAGAAAUGUGUAUUUUUACAGUAGAUAAAAAGCCAAUUUGCCCAUGUAGUCUGUCCAUUACCUAUGUAAAAGAAAAACACAUUUAAAUUCUGUUACGGUUUGUCUUGACAAUCUCUUUAAAGGUUAACAACUCCUAAAACAAUAAAAAAAAAUUAUUACUCAUAGAUAAAUUAUAUGUUUAAAUGUUUUAGUAGCUGUUAACCAAUGAUUACCUGUACUCCAUCUUGCCAUUGCCUCCAUGAUCCAGAUAUCCGUAGCCCCCCCACCUUCGUCCCCAGUCUCCCCGCUAGGGAAUACUUCCUCAAGCGGUGCAAUCCUCCCACAUGACACUCGACAUUCCUAUAUUUCACCUUCAAACAUGAGAUGCGCAUGCUGAAGCAAUAUCGCAGCAACUACAGCACAUGAGCUCUAUUUGCAACACUAAAGACCAGGAAACUACCCAUAGUUUGGUUUACUAUUGUGUUUUAGUUAUAAUGCAGAAUGUGUUGGCCCUUCAUAAAUAAUAAAAGUAAUUUAAUUACUUAGUUUGUGAAUCCAGAAAUCAGAAGCAGUUAUUAAAUUGGAUCCAUUCCUAAUUCAACAGCAAAUAUUUACUUAUUGCAGAAUUCCUCUAUAGAGCUUUGUUUGUUUUUUUUGUUUUUUUCAAUAACUCUGGUUUAAUUUGUCAUUCAUUGUCAUGAGGUUUUUCUGUAUAAUGUUCCCAGGCGAAUUCAAGUUGCAUGGUUUAUCGCAGGUAAAUCGCUUGAUCCCUAUUAAUUUAUCCAGAUAUAUGCAAUGCCCAUGUGCAACCUAAAAUUAAAUUUUUAUUUUGUUUGUUUCUGAGGGUGUUAUUUUCACUUUCUCACAGCUUUGGUUAAAAAAACUGCAAGAGGUGGGAUGUGCUUUGUUAUGAAUGGGGUCGACAAUUCUGUGGUUUCCUGUAGAGCAUUGAUCUAAUACAUUUAAAACCUGAAAAGAUAACUUGUCGUCAAGGAAUUUAACCAUCUUUUUUUUUUCUUUUGUUCAUUAAACAAAAAAUAUAAAAAUCCUUGCAAGUCUGUGUUCAUGCCUUCAUCAUAAUUGUUCAUGCAUAGUAAUAUUGAGUCAUUGUGGAUGGAAGAAAGGGUUACCUGUGCACUGCUCUAAAUCUUUAAUAAUAACAUAGCAAAAAACAGGGUAUAAGAGUAUACUGAGAACGGGCAGCAGCUGAAAUAGCCUGCCCUUCGGUGGGUCCCCGCUCAGAUCUAAAGCUGGUUUUAGCAAAAAACGGGGUGCAAGAGAAUACGGAGAACGGGCAGCAGCUGAAAUAGCCUGCCCUUUGAUGGGUCCCCGCUCGGAUCUCAAGCUGGUUUUAGCUCAUCUUGUGCCAUUACAGAGAGAACAUCUCUGAAACAUAUCAGACUGGUCCCACCCAUACGGGCAGUCCAGAUCCGAAAUGCCAGCAAGUUACCUCUACACGAGAGACGCAGAGCGAACUUGCUGACAUUUUGAAUUUUGACUGCCCGUGUGGGUGGGACCAGUCUGAUAUGUUUCAGAGAUGUUCUCUCUGUAAUGGCACAAGAUGAGCUAAAACCAGCUUGAGAUCUGAGCGGGGACCCACCAAAGGGCAGGCUAUUUCAGCUGCUGCCCGUUCUCAGUAUUCUCUUACGCCCUGUUUUUUGUUCAUAAUAAUAACAUACUUAAAGGACCACUAUAGGCACCCAGACCACUUCAGCUCAAUGAAGUGGUCUGGGUGCCAAGUGCCCCUAGUUUUAACCCUGCAACUGUAAACAUAGCAGUUUCAGAGAAACUGCUAUAUUUACAUUGAGGGUUAAUCCAGCCUCUAGUGGCUGUCUCCCUGGCAGCCACUAGAGGCGCUUUUGCGAUUCUCAGUGUGACAAGCUCAUUGAACACACGCAGCAUGAGUUCAGAUCCCCAUAGUAAAGCAUUGAGUAAUGCUUACCUAUGGGCGGUUUGAAUGGGCACGCAGCUCUGGCAGGGCAUAACCCCUUCAGCCACGGGAGGGGGCCAUGAGGGAGGAGGGGACCUAAUAACACUAUAGUGCCAGGAAGAGGCUCUGACAGUCAAAAUCUUUUCUUUCUGAUAUGUACAAUGUAUCCUUACUUCACAUACUGUCACUUUGCUCUUGCACAGUAUUAGCAAUGUUAUGUCACUUACAUUGAGACACCACAUAAUCUAUUGUGUUGGUUGUAUGCUGGGUGUCCUUUGGCAUGGGCCUUAUAGUCCGCCUCCACUGCGUGCCACAUAACUAUCCUUCUAGCCUAACUACUAUUCCUACCUUUACAAAUGGACUGGACCAAACACUAGGGAUUCACUAUUGCCAUUUCACAAAACCUGCACCUUGGUAUGCUUAUCCUUUUGUUUGUUCCAUACAUCUGUACCCCUCAUACAACCCUAUUUCUCCAUCCAGCAGCUCAGGACUAACAUUGAGCACUCUGCCUCCUGCUACAAUACCUCUACACAUGGCCCUCACUAGGCAUUCACUCCAAACGUUUACACAUGGCCCUCCAUGGGCACUACGACAAUUUCGACCCCUCAUUUGGGCAAUUACAUAUGUCAAUUUCCUGAUAUACGAGAGUCAAAGAAAUACAACCUUUCAUACUACGUUCCAAUAUUACACAUGGCCUCGUUAGGCCCACGCAAGUCUUUUCUUUAUGGCCCUCUCUCGGCACACUCCCGAAAACCUGGAACCUAUCCCUUUUGCAUUUAACAUAUCCAGGCUUCUUUGGUCUGUCACUAUUUUAACUGUUUAGUACUUCCACUUUAAGGCACUUGCUAGUUCUGGUAUUUUGCUUCCUGCAGUACGCUAUGGGUUUUGAUUAGAUGUUCACUUGGUUAUUUCUCAGGGUGUUCUUUUUCAUACAUAGUUCAGGUUCUUCUAGUGGAAGGAUGUGCCGUGGGAACUCAUGCCUAGAUUUGGUACAAUCAGGUAUCCAGUACCAGCUUUUGAUGUAAACUGUUAAUUUUGAGUUACUCCACAUGUCUGCACUGUUAUGUUUUAUAUUAUGCCUUUCUGUCACUAUUCCUACUUGCUCCAAACUUGCGGCUGGUUAUCCUCAACGUGAUAAUUUGUAAGCUGUACCCUCGUCUCUUGACAUAUACUUCACAGGGGUCUUGUUGUUCAAUUAUUCUGAUCACCUCCCUAAUGGCCUAAAUCUUUAUCCCAAGUUAUACCAGGUAUGCUUGGAUACCGACCAUUGCAUAUCUGGGGGUACUUUUGCAUGUAUGGUCAACGGAGUCAUUUAUUACACUGUUCAAUUUCCUUUGGUUAGUUUGGUAACAGAUAUUGAGUAUUUUGUGUCCUGGUCUCAUUGCACUUACUUUAGCUACCUUACCGGCAAUCUUUGUUGCAUUUUCAUUGGUGUUGGUGUCGUAGUUCUGAAUUAUGAAUACUAAGUUCUUGGGUCUCUCUCUAUUGUUGGAUUUUGGUUUUGGAUCUAUGUAAACAUAUUCUUUUGCCCUCCGCUUUAUAUUCCCCUAUUCUUACCAUCAACUUCUAGCAUAGAUUUAUCUGCCAGGUAUAUGUCUAAUCAUGCCACACUUAUUGUUUUGCAUUUACGUUUUUCAAGUCACCACGUAAGUGAGUUGCUUUACGAUACUACCUCCCUUCUUACAACAACCACUCGCUCUACAGAACUGAUCUUUAGCUUGGUCUGGCUGUUAGGGUAACCUAAGUGGCCACAGGUUGUUUUUGGCUUCUUGUGCCACUAUAUAGCUGUCCCGCGAGGCCAACUCCCAUCCUCAACUACGGAGGUAUUCGCCUCUCGGGCCAAAUCAUAGAUACUACCUCGCAUUUCCACCCUCUUGGCAAAAGCAGUUAGGGCCUCACCUGUCUCGGCCAACUUAUUUUGAAUCUCUUUAAUCCUCACCGAGAGACCAACACCCCGCCACAACGCUCGGUGGCAAACAUACCCAACGGGCCAAAUCCUAGGUAGAGCCUCUCAUUUCCACUUGGCAACUAGUUAUUUUCACAAGUCACAAUUUAGCUUAAUUGUUUUGCCACUUGGUAUAAAAUAGGUCAGCCAGUAUCUUGGUGUUAUACAGUAUCUCCCACUAACAAAUUUUCUCUUUCAGGUAUGGUUAUAAAUGCUGAUAAAAUGUAAAGUAUUGAUUGCGUAAUGUAGACCCGUAUUAAAGGGUUAAACUAUAAAAUUUGUGCCCUCUUUUUACAGGCCUACCCAAAUGUCGGUUUCUGCACACCACAACCGACUUGUGCACCACUAACAUAACUCGGCUUAUUGUCCCAGACCACAAAUAUAUAUAUAUAUAUAUAUAUAUAUAUAUAUUUUCCUUUAUCUGUGUAUAACUAUACAUAUGUACAGUUCAUAAAUAUUCUGGACAUUUCCACAUUUUGUAGUGUUCCAUCCUGGAAUUAGGGUGCCUACAUGCCUAUUUUAUAACGAUGAGUUGUGGGUUUAAUACCGUAAUAUUCCACAACUUAUAACAUUUAUAUAUCACUGUCAAAAGUCUGCAUUUUUAUUCUUAGAAAAAAAUACUGCAUAUGUCACAUCUGCGUAAUAAAAUACUAUAUGAUUACAUUUUAGCAUAAAAUUAUAAUUAUUUUACUUUAUCAAAAUGAUCGACUGUUGCCGCAGUAGUAAAUAUAUACCGGUAGUUUGGAAUUGUUCUCGUGUGUGAAAGCAGAUCAGGAAGUGAGAUAAGGCUGUAUUGUUUUUCUUUAAGAAGGUAAAUGCGUUUUUUUUUACUGUGACUCUUGAUUGCGACUCUUUUAUAUGUCAUUUGAUGAGGUGUGGAAUCUUAUCUUAUAGUUUUACAUCCACCACUUGGUUUUAUAAAAAUAGCCACUGAUUCAUGUAGACAUUGUCUACGCAUAUUGUGCUUCUCCAAAAUCAUAUUUAUUCGUUUGGCUGAUUGGAAAAAAAAUGUGAAUAUUUCUGAAGAAGGAAGAGUUGUACAUACAGGGUGGAAUUUCCACUAGUCUGUGGCUAGUGAAAAAUAUAACUGAUCUGAAAGAAAUGCUAAUUUUUCUAACUUGGUGACAUUAAGUAAACUAUAAUCUUAAAUUCUAGUAAUGAUUCUUCAUGUGUGUCAGAUGUCUUGUUCCCGAUUAGUGUCUCAUUUGUCUUUGUUUUGAAACGGAAAAAAAAAAAAUACUCAUUAGAUCUGAAGGACUCAAGCAAGAAGGAGUGUUUUAAGAAAGACCGUAAAUGCCAAAUUUAAAAUGAGAAUUUUGAAAAAAAAAAGAUCUAGCUUUGGUAAUAUAUAUUUUUUUUAAUAAAUAUACUUGUCCUUUUUAAAUGGAGAAAGGAACACCAUUUUGUUAGGAAUACAGUUUUGUUUUGUAUUCCUAACUCUAUAGGGUCUCCUCACUCUUUAGAUUAGAUUAGAGCUCCCCCUCUAAAUUUAACAGAAACAAAGGUUUUACUUAUGGUGUUUUUUUUUUUUUCUUUCUUAAUGCCAUGACUCUCUUGAUGCUGACUCCCAAAACGCAUUCUUAGUGCAUCACUUGAUCUUCUCAUCCAAUCCUGCUCACAUUGGAGACGAGUAUGCGCAUGCAUUCAAAUGCUUCUCAUACGAAAUGCAAUGAAUCCAUUGCUUCCCUGUGAGCUUUAUUUGACAUUGAAUGUCACAUGAACGCAUCAAACCUCAUGUGUAACCUCAGCACAAGUACCUCUGGUGGCAUUCAAGAAGACAGAUACUAGAGGGGUGUUUAACCUUCAGCAAAACAUUACCAUAUCUACAAAACGGCAGUGUUUUAGAUUGAAGGGAUAAAAUUAAUGGGCCAGUUCACCCAGACUGCAACACAAACUUAGGAAGAAGAAGAAUGAUGUUUUGAUAUUUAAGUUGGGGGAAAUUAUGCCUGUGUUUGAGCCCGUUUUUAUUAUUGUCGGUUGAUCGUUUUCAGGGUGGACACUAACAAGGAUGACCGGAUUAGCGCCCAGGAGAUGCAGAGCUGGAUCAUGAAGAAGACAGAAGAACAUUUCCAGGAAGCUGUCAAGGAAAAUAAGAUUCAUUUCCAUGCUGUGGAUCCUGAUGCCGAUGGUAGGAAAUUCUAAUUUUUGUCAAGUGACCCUUUUUUUUUUCAUGCCGCACGUGAUUUUCUUUUUAAACUGAAUUUCAUGGCUCUAGGCAUAUUAGCCAGUAGUUGUUAGGCAGGUAUAUUUUUAGAUAGGACACGUCAGCAUGUAAUCCUUCUAAAUUAAAUAGUGCCAUUAUAGUGAAAUUUUUGCAAGAUUCCCCCCCCUCCCCCUCCGGCACCGUGUCCUCUGAAUGAAGGCACCUAGUAGAAUGUCUGGAGAGGGAGAUCUAGUGAUCUCAAGUUAUUCACCCUUUUACAGACAUCUUCCUUAGCUUACCUGGCAUGCCAGCGGUCAUGUUACCUUUGUUCUCUCACACAUGCACAAUAGUACAAAAUGGAGGCUUGUGGAACAUUCUGUGAGAUCAUGAGAAAAUUGCCUUUUCCAUCAGUCGAGACAAGACGACUUUAAAUAAUAUUUUACUCUGCCGUUUCCAUGAGCAGAUUGUCUGUCUUUAUUUUAAAGUGUCUAAUUUGUAGUUUUAUUGAAAUUCCAUUGUAGUUUACAGGUUUUACAUAAAAAUUCUAAUAAUAAUAAAAAAAAAAAGUGGAAGCAACAUGACCUCAUGUCUAUUGAAAACUAGUGAAAGUUAAAUGUUAACUUCAUUUUUAGUACUUCAAUAAUAUUAAUUUUCGUGAUUUUGUGAAAAACCAUAGCAAAAGCAUAUAUCAGCAUGUGAAUUGUGAAAGAGAUUAUAUCGUUUCUCGAUAUGUGCUCUAGCAUAACCUCUUUUUUUUUAAAUUCUUUAUUUUAUUUGUGCAUAGAGUGAACAAUCAGAUUUGCACUGCCACAGCGGCUGGCACAAGCAAAUAUGUAGACAUACAAUAACAUUAGUAUGGCAUCGAAAAACAUUGCACGUUUUUUGUUAUAAUCUGAACGUGAAAACAAGUUUAGUGUUAAACAGGCUGGUACGAUUUGACAUGCUGAUAAACUGGGUAAGUAGUUGCUUGCCUAUGUACGAGUUAACCCGCUAAGGUCUUGGUAUGUCAAGCUAGAUUUUCACAAGACAGGCAUGCUAAAUGAAACAUGCGAAACGUUAGAUACAUUUGAGUAGACUGUGUAUAGUAAUAUGUUAAGAGAGACUGCGUAUCUAUACGGUAGGUAGGUGUAGCAUAACCUCUUUUAUAGCCCAAUGCUCCUCAACUCUCUCGUCAAGGCACACCUAACAGUUCAGGAUUUUGGGAUAAGCUGGGUGUAUCCAAGUUGUAAAAAUAAAUAAAAAAUAAACACCUUAGACUAUUAAGGUGUUUUUUUAUUUUAUAGUUUUUUCCCCCUUUUUCUAAACACCUUCGACUUACACGGGUAAUCUCGAAAGCCUUGGCUAUUAGGUGUGCCUUAAGGAGCACUGCAAUAGCCUGUCUGAAAAGAUUUGAUGGUGCUAGCAAUCAUUAUGAUUGACCAGUUUGUUAAAGAAAUGUCUUGGGGAAACAAGCAUGCAAAUAAUGCAAAAAAGACUGAGUGUUUUGUCACCUUAAAUGAUUGCAAUAACAUUAAAUUCAAAUGUUUAUUAUGUGUGUUUAGACUACUGGAACCCCCACUUGUUUAAAAAAAAAAAAGAAAUAAAAACUUAAAAUGCCUGUGUAAUUAAAAGCUAGGAUAAUCUCUUCGGUGCAGCAGCUAUAUCGCUGAUAAAGUCAUCAUUUAUCCAUCAUUUAUCCAAUGAUUCUCGUAGAGAAGCAUUGGGGGGUCAUAGAACAAGCAUUCAACUAUUUCAGCUCUUUGCCAAUCACAUUCUUCUAGUCUAGAAGCUUUGAGUCCAAUACUUCUAUGAUAAGUAUUGGCGUGCUUAGUGUCAAAUGGCGUGCUCUCUGACAAAGUCUUAGACAUGGCAGUAUUUUCCAGUGGCUCAUGAAAAGGGGCAGCAUGUAUGGACCAAAACCACAUAAUUAAAGGAAAACUAAAGUGUAAGGAAAACAAACAUGUAUCCGUGACACUGUCUAGAAGUGGCUUUUUAAGUCCCCGGCCCUGUCCUUUCUCAGUAAUUUUAACUCUCUCUUUCUCCCACACCACACUGAUCUUGCCAUGGCUGGCCCUGCCUCCAUGGAUGAGAUCAUCAAUCGUGAUGAUCUCAGCCAAUCCAAUGUUUUCCCAUAUAAAGCAUUGGGAGGCUAUUGUGCAUGCACAGCAAGACGCUGCGCAAAUCGGCAUCUCCUCAUAGAUAGACAUUGAAUCAAUGCAUCUCUAUGGGUAACUUCAGCAUCUCCAUUCAAGGCAUGGACGCCCUGAACGUAGGUGCUGCACACAGUGCAGAACUGGACUAGGAAUCACCUUUAGUGGCCGUCUGAGUGAUUGUCACUAAAGGUGUUACUAGGCAUCACCGUCUUUUCUCUGAAAUGGCAGCGUUUACAUUGAAAUAGCUGCAGGCACAGGCUAUAGAGACCAGAACCGCUACAUUAAGCUGUAGUGGUUAGAGUAACUAUAGUUAUCCUUUUAGAUGAAUUUACCAUUUAAUUUACACAGAACACAUUAAAGGUGCAAAAUAUUUUCAAAAUAUUCUCCUUAAAGUUAAUUUAUCUCGUGGCCUGAUGUCACUCUACAGAGAAUAUAUCAUGAACACAUUGCGCUGGAAAAUUGCUAGCAAAUAUAUAGAUGAGAAGUUUCUUCACAAAUCGUUUUUUGACCGUUCUUAGUGUCUGACACAAAUAUUUCGUCUACUAUGUAUAGUGCAAACAUGGUGGUCAGGAGAAGAUGCACUUCCUUUUGCACCACCUUCAAUUCAUGCAAUAACUUUCCACUCCUCCAGUGUAGGUAACCAUGGCACUCCAGUUGUUGUGGACUGCAUCUCCCCUAAUGCUUUGCCAGCAAUAUGGCUUAAAUAGUAUUAUGGGAAAUGUAGUCCACAACAUCUGGAGUGUCAAAGGCUGCCUACCCCUGCACUACUACCAGGAUUCACAUGCAUGAUCGGCAUUGUGGGGCGCUUUGCACCUCAUUUGGUGGUCGGGCAGUUGUUUUUAUUGCAGUGCCAAAAUAUUAUCAAUUAACUAUACAUGACAUUCAAUAAAAUAUAAGAAUCCAACAAAAGGUUACACUUGGUCAGGGCUCAGGAUUUCAAGUUCAAGCUAUUAGGCUUAAAUGUGACCUGUCACUAUAAGCACUGAAGGUCUGUGGCACACUCAACAUGGGCAAAUUUCUGUUCAAGCAUUAAACCAGACUUUUCUGUUGUUCUGCAGGGCACGUGUCAUGGGAUGAAUACAAGAUCAAGUUUUUGGCCAGCAAGGGGUUUAAUGAACAAGAGGUGGCAGACAAGGUGAAGAAUAACGAAGAGCUGAAGAUUGAUGAAGAAAGUAAGUUCCCUGUCAUCGUUUUUGUGGCAAUAAUAAAUUAAUUCUGUGUUCAUUUAGUACCUGGACUUUGGUAAUUAUUGCAUAAUGAGGGCUCUACGUAUAGGUUCUAAAAGUGGAGAAAUCUGCAGGAACUGUUUGUUUUACCAAUACAUUAAUUUAUUAUAUCUACAUGUUUUGGUGGGGGUCUGCAGGCCAAUUCAUUAUUCUAUUCAUAAAUCAUAAUUCUAUUCAGGGGAUUAUUAGUUGAUUAUUGUAGUCACAAAAGCAAAUCAUUUUAUAUACAUUUUUGCAGGGAUGGUGGAUGGAAGUAUGUGGCAUUCAGAAGCGAAUGACUACUUUGCACCUAAAAUUGUCCUUACAUAAAUCCAUUAAGAUAAUAUUGUUAACAGAUUAAAGAAGCUACUUCACUGUAGUGGUUCUGGUUUUAGAAAUGCUCUGCCAUCCAUUCUUUGUCUCCACUACUAAUACAUUGCAGGGAUUAGCUCAUUGGCUGAGAGCGAUCAGCUUAUGCUUAGCUCAGGAGAGCUAACGGUAGCAUGUGCUUAGGAGUUUUUGGCUUACCUUCAAUCAGGGCUGCCAUCAGAAGUGACAACCAUAAUGGUUGUGACAAGGGCCCGGACUGCUCUGGCAGUCCUGCACACCACAUUCCCUAUGUGCACAUAUAUAUAGCAAUUAUUGAUAUUGAUAUUGAUAUAUAUAUAUAUAUCAUCUAUCGAUCUAUCUGCGGGAUCUUGCCGGCUACCUGUUACUGCCGAGGGGGCCCAGAACACAUUACAGCUCCUCUCUAACUCUCGCGAGACCCGUGGCUGUCAGAUCGUUGCAACUGGUUACCAUGGCAACACUCCACGUGGCACCCAAGCCAUUCUCGCAAAAGUUGUAGAGGAGCUGUACUGGGCCCCCUCUGCAGUAACAGGUAGCCGGGGGCCCCACCAUUCCACCGGACCACCAGGGAAUGGAACCUCUCCCCACCCUGGACAGAGGUACGAAGCAGGGAGGGGGGAAUACUAUUUUAUUCAAAUAAAUGUGAAAAUAAAUUCACGUUGUGAAUAAAUGCACAUUGUAGGCCCUAGUUUACACAACAUUUACACAAACUGCAUACAAUAUUAAAAAUCAAACAAACACCACAAUCUGCAUUCACUGCACUGACACACGCGCACUCUGCAUUCACUGCACUGACACACGCGCACUCUGCAUUCACUGCACUGACACACGCGCCCUCUGCAUUCACUGCACUGACACACGCGCACUCUGCAUUCACUGCACUGACACACGCGCACUCUGCAUUCACUGCACUGACACACGCGCCCUCUGCAUUCACUGCACUGACACACGCGCCCUCUGCAUUCACUGCACUGACACACGCGCCCUCUGCAUUCACUGCACUGACACACGCGCCCUCUGCAUUCACUGCACUGACACACGCGCCCUCUGCAUUCGCUGCACUGACACACGCACACACGCGCAUUCGCUGCACUGCAUUCACUGCACUGCACACACGCGCCCUCUGCAUUCGCUGCACUGACACACGCGCCCUCUGCAUUCGCUGCACUGACACACGCGCCCUCUGCAUUCACUGCACUGACUCACGCGCACUUUGCAUUCAAAUAAAAUAUGGUUUAGCAAAAUUAAACGGUUAUUUAUUUUUUAUGUCCUUCAUACAUAAAAUAAAAUAUGUAUUUUUUAAUUUUUUAAUCUGCCUCUUGACAUGGGCCUUUCGGUGAACCUGCUUCCAUAGCACAGAAAUAUAUAUUAACCACUCUUUGCAUGCUUUCACAAAAUGUUCCUUACAUCUGGGACCAUCAUCUUCCACCUGGUCAUAAAAAAAAUUGUUUCUUAUGGUAUACUUUCUUUUCAUUGAAUACAGAGACUAUGAAGAAUGCUUGUACUUGUUCAGAAAUCUACUUUGAUUCAAAUUCUACCUGCCUUUUGUCUUUUAAAAUCAGCUAUUUAUACAUCUCUACAUGAUCAACAUCUUUCUGCAUUUCACCUGUUAAUAUAAACUACCUGUUCAAUUUUACAGCACAAGAAGUUCUAGAUAAUCUGAAAGACCGCUGGUUUCAGGCAGACAACCCUCCUGCUGAUCAGCUGCUAACCGAAGAAGAGUUCAUGUCUUUUCUGCACCCUGAACACAGCCGAGGCAUGCUCAAGUUCAUGGUGAAAGAGAUCGUGAGGGAUCUAGGUGAGCAGAAUGUGUUCAUCAUAAGUAAAUGGUAUUAUUGUGCAUAUACGUUUUAUAUGUUUGAAAAAUCACAUCGUAGAAGAAAAAAUACAUUUUAAAUAAAAGCUAGGGUCGUUUUUAAAGAAGGAUACUACAGACCUUAUUAAGCAAAUUAGACAAAGAUAGUCAGGGUGACACGUUGCUUGGGGCCCAUUCUUCUGUUACUGUCAACGGUUCCUUGGAAGGUUAGUGUUGACAGAGUUCUGCUGAGAAUAUUUUGGUGACAUUUUUCCCCUCUCUCCUGUUGCCCUGCAUCUUGGGAUUCUAGAAUUGGUGUCACACAUGAACCUGCCGAUAGCUCGAGCUGAGUGAAUUGGUGUUCUCACUGGUGGAGAAAUUAUGCAACUGUAGCGCAGGUCAAUAAAGCAAAUUGAGGGUUACAUAGUUGCCUAUGUUGCAAAAAGACUAAAACCCAUUAUUUUAUGCUGUUGAUCCAAAAGAAGGCUAAAAUCCCUAAUUGUAGCCAUUUCCAAUAAUGUCACAAAAAAAGGGGAAACAAAUCCUUCUUGACUCCAUAAUGGCAAUCAGAUUUCAACAACCAGUUGACUGUGAUUUGGGAUUUUAGAUUUCUUAAAUGAACAGUGGCAAAUCACAAGUUGAGUUCUCGGACUUCACAGAUUGAUUUAAUGAAGCUUAUGGCAGAAGAAAGUCAGGUCAGAGUCCAUGCCUUGAAUGCAUUUGCACCUUCUCUAUGCCUACAGCAAGUAAGCAUGUGUCGUGUUCAAAAAAAUAUGCAUAACUUGGUAUUCUAUAUUGCACAUUUAGUAGCUCUGUUCUGUUUUUUUAAUAGCCUUUUAAUGGCCAGGUUUAUGAGUUUGUCUGCUGUGCAGCUAUCUUGGUAAUAUUGUGGAGGAGGCAUUUCUCGUAUAAUAAACGGUUACAUAAUCCUAUUUCUAUUAAAAUCAAGAUAGUAAGCCUUAUCAUCAUCUUCAUCUUUUACUAUUAUUAAUGCUUCUGGAAAAUACCCACAUCAGAUAUUGCUUUGAUAAUUAGCAGAGUACAUGGCUCUCAUUGCUAACUCAGCAGCACUGAACAUUUUGAUUGAAUCAUCUUACUGAAUGUUUUCGUGCAACUCUGCUCAGAAAAAAAAAAUCUAUUUAAAUGUACCGUAUGCUGUAUUUAAACUGUGCAAAAAAAAGUCUGACUUUGCUUCUUUUUUUUUUUUUUUUUUUCUGAUACCUGCUCGUAUGGCCUGUGCCGCUGCACCCUUCCUCUGCUAUCUAGCGAUGAGAUUAUAUUAGAAAAACAGGAACUUGUUUUUUUUUUUUUUUUUAAAGUGCUGACAAAACCUGCGUAUAAAUUUCCCCUUACCAUAUUACAUUUAAGGUGGUAUUUCCACUCAGCUGUUAAUUUUAAGAGCCAUGUAUCUCUGGCUUGUUUAUAUUGUACCACCUUGAAUCUAUUAAAUAGCAAGACUAGCAGUAAAUUAAAAGGCAUACUUUAUAAUCGGUAAUACAAAGCUGUAUUCCUGGCUCUAUCGCUCCCCCUGCCUUCCCUCAAUGAGCUGAAGUGGUCUGGGUGCCUACAGUGUCCCUUUAAUAGAAAAACCAGAAGCUUCUUGUCAUUAUUUUAUUUUGUAUUGUUGAUACUAAUUGUAUUACUUGUAACUUCAUGUUAUAUCUUACCUGAUGUUGUAAUCCUGCCCUAGUACUGGUCUGAAUGAAUAAUGCAUCUUGAUAAUAUAAAUGCUGUAUGAUGGAAGUGAUGCCUAUUUAUAAUACAUUAUAUAGAUACCCCAUUAAAAAUAUGCAAAUAAAAUAAAGGUAAGACUCAGGGAGGGGGAAAAUACACUUUAGUUUUUUUUGUUUGUUUUUUCCCCUCCUCAGCCCUGUCCUCUUAGUCAGCCCCUGUCCCCCCCUUUCUCAGCCCCUGUCCCCCCCUUUCUCAGCCCCUGUCCCCCCCUUUCUCAGCCCCUGUCCCGCCCUUUCUCAGCCCCUGUCCCCCCCUUUCUCAGCCCCUGUCCCACCCUUUCCCUGCUCCUUUCCCCCCUCUCAGCCCCUGCCCCCUUCCUCAGCCCAAUGCGCCACACUACAGCCCCAUAACAUCCCCACUUCAGCUCCUCUCCCCCAAUUGCAACCCAUAUCACCCACACCACAUCCCCUUUCCCAAAUCGUAGCCAUCAACCUACUUCAGCCCCUAUCCCCACAUUGCCUAAACCCCCAAUUACAGCUUAUACCCCCCACUACAGCCCAGUCUCUUUACUCAGCCUCUGUCUACUGGUUUUAAAAGUGUAAAGUUUGGGUGUAUGUGUGUGUGUAUGAGUAUGUCUGUCUGUGUGUGUGUGCGCGCGCCAGUAUGUCUGUCUAUAUGUGUGCCAGUUUGUCUCUGUGUGUGUGUGUCAGUAUGUCUCUGUCUGAGUCAGUAUGCCUGUAACAGUGUAUCUUUCUGUGUGCCUGUCAGUGAGUGUGUGCAUGUGCCUGUUAGUGAGUGUGUGUUUUUAGUGUGUGCCAAAUCAGCAAGUGUGUGUGCCUUUCAUUGAAUGUCUGUUUAGGUGACUGCUCCACCCCCCCUUUCGAUCACAUGGGAAAGGUGUUUUUACUCUGCUCUUGGUGCAAUGGGCCACUUGACUGGAUUUGCCCCCCAGGCCUAAGACUGCCAGCCCUCCCCUGACCAUAAGCACCAAAAAACUUUAGCAUAACGAAGUGGUUUGGGUUUAUUCAUUACAUUCUGGCAUUUGCCUUACAAAUUGUGGUUCCUUACAGAAAUGUGUUCAUCCCAUCACAACUCCUUAGCUGUAAAUGUAUCUCUGUGCCAACUGCAUAAAAUACAAGAUGGAAUCUUCAGCUAAUAAAGUUGCAUCAUAUUGACUCGCAAAUGCGGUAGUUAAAAUAUUAUCAGUCUUAAAGGACCACUAUAGUGCCAGGAAAACAUACUUGUUUUCCUGGCACUAUAGUGCCCUGAGGGUGCCCCCACCUUCAGGGUCCCUCUCCUGCCCGGCUCUGGGGAAAGGAAAGGGGUAAAAACUUACCUUUUUCCAGCGCUGGGCGGGGAGCUCUCCUCCUCCGUUCCUCCCAUUUGGCUGAAUGCGCACGCGCGGCAAGAGCUGCGCGCGCAUUCAGCCGGUAGCAUAAGAAAGCAUUUACAAUGCUUUCCUAUGGACGCUUGCGUGCUCUCACUGUGAUUUUCACAGUGAGAAUCAUGCAAGCGCCUCUAGCGGCUGUCAAUGAGACAGCUGCUAGAGGAAUUGGAGGAAGGAUUAACCAACAUAGCAUAUGUUUAUAAAAAAAAAUGGGUUAAUCCUACUUGGACCUGGCACCCAGACCACUUCAUUAGGCUGAAGUGGUCUGGGUGCCUAGAGUGGUCCUUUAAAACGACUUAUUUUCAGGUUCACUUGUACACCAGCCGCAUAAAAGCUCUUUAUCAGAGUAAAAAAUGCACAUAUUAAAGAAAUUAGUGGUGAAUCCUGCCCUUUUUAUUACAAUCUAUACAGAAAAGGGUUCACAUUAAUAGUGAGAAUACAAGAUGACUUUAUUUAAAGAUGCCUGUUUCUGCACGAUUUAUAGAUUACCGUUACUGUCUACAUGCACAGGUUGAGCUCUGUAGAGCUGACUAGAGAGCAUUAAGCCAUGUGUGCAAUAUACCGGGUGGCAUUUAUUUAAAUGCUACUAUGCAAGGUGCAGUUAUUAUCGGGGUCAUAAUUAAUGGGGCAGUGUAGUUCCUUUACUCAGGUUAGCAAUUUGCAUGCGUGAUCCCUUUCUGCUGGUUUCAUUAUUAUUAGUAUUGAAAGUAUCAAUGUAGUAACGUGAGUCUGUCAUCCACAAAACACGUAGAUCACAAAGUCAGCUUUAAUUUUUACAAUGUGCUGGUGAAAUAAUUUCCUACAAACGUAGAUACUUGCCUGAGGUUUGUGACUUGGUUGUCCACAAUGAUUGACCGUUACUAAAGGAACAAUUUUGGCACCAUAAAAACAACGUAAUCUGAAUUAAGAUGCUAUGGUGCCCGGGGGUUCCAUUUAAUGCAGGUGAAUGCAUCCAACACUCCCAAGUAAAGUGUCUUGUGUAAUUAUUUCUUUUUUUAAGGCAUAUCGGCUGUUCCUGUCUUGUUAUGUAGUUUUGAGACUGCAGCAUUUCUGUCAACAAAGUAUAAAAUAGGCAUUUGAUGUUUUUCAUAGAUGUAUUUGGAUAGGACAAGGUAUGCAUAAAAUUUUGAACCAAGGAGAAUAGCCCCAUAAUUAACAUAUUUUGUAAAUAUUUAUGAAAACUAUCUAUGUAAAUUAUUUUAUGGGAGCACUCUGUACAACAUAAUCACUACUUCUAAGCAUAGUGGUUAUGGUGCAAUGAGUCUGUGGGCACUAUCCUCUCAAUUGGGCUCUCCUUGGUAACUCUAAAUCCACCCUUUCUUCCGCCACUCUAGAGAUUUCACUUCUAUAUUAUCAGUGUGAAAUUUUGUAUAGCUGGUGGGGAGUGGUUAUAAUACUUAUUGUCCCUUUAACUUUAGUUAUCUAUUUGAAAUUGCCAAUGCAUACCUUUCUUUUUCCAAGGUGUGAAACAACUGUCCUGCUCUUUAAACACCUUUUUUGUUAUUUAUUUUACUGUAGAUCAAGAUGGUGACAAAAAACUCACCCUCUCAGAGUUCAUCUCUCUGCCUGUUGGCACUGUUGAAAACCAGCAAGCCCAAGAUAUCGAUGAUGACUGGGUACGAGACAGAAAAAAGGAAUUUGAAGACGUUAUUGAUGCAGAUCACAAUGGAAUUGUCACAAUGGAAGAGCUGGAAGUAAGACAAUUUGUGUCAUAAUAAUGUCUGAAUAGCGUGGCUGGAAAGAUGAAUAAUUUUCUAAAUUGUGUUUAGGAGUGAUUUUUUUUUUUUUGUCUUUCAUUGUUGAGAAAUACAGAAAUGUUUCAAAUGUAUGUCCAGAUAGCAUUAUAUUCUGUAUAUACGCCUCGGGUAAAGGGCUUUAUGUUCAAUAUUCUGGUGUGUGAAUAAGAAAUAUCUCUGUACAAGUAUUCUAGAAUGUUAAUUUAAUUAUGUGUUUUGUAGGAAUACAUGGAUCCCAUGAACGAAUACAAUGCUCUCAAUGAAGCUAAACAAAUGAUUGCCGUCGCAGAUGAGAACCAGGACCACCACUUAGGAAAAGCAGAAAUCAUGAAGUAUAGCGAGUACUUUACCGGCAGCAAGCUGAUGGACUAUGCCCGCAAUGUACACGAGGAGUUCUGAGUCUCCCCCUGCCCUGUUCUUAUUUAAGAUGGCUCCUCUUCCCCUUUAAAUAAAGGAGGUCUUGGUAAUUUCAAGAGAUCAGUCUUGUAGUUUAACGGGAAGAGGAGGAACGCCAGUUUUGCUGCUACUACCCAUGUGUGUUUUUAGUGUGCAGUAUUGAGUGGGGUGAUCACCUUCCCUGCCACAUGCAAAUCAUUUCCAUGGCAAAAUUUGCACACGCGUAAUGGCUUUUGGUUGCUUCAGUCAUUUUUCGCCACCCUAUUUUAUUGAUGAUGUAGAGCGCCUGCAGGUCACCUCUCUGCUAUUCCCCUUUGCUAUAGUAGAGCUGUAAUGCAUCAGAGGCCUGACAUUUAAAGAGCCGACCAUAUAAUGUGUCUUCUGCUAGCAUUCUCUGGUUGUUCUUGGUGGGGAAAUUUGCUUAUUUAUACAUUUGACACAGCUUUGUUGGGACACCAAGUGGAUUCUGCAGAAUGUAAAACGGAGUCCAUGACAUUCACAGACUGGCUUAUGUUUUAUCUACAUUGGGGAGUUACAUAAUUUGUGGAAAAUACACUGUGGUUUCGGGGUAAAUUUUAAUAUUUAAUGUGCAUUAAUGUCCAACAGAUUAUACAAAAAAAAGGCAGAUAAUAUUCUAAAUGUGUUAUUUUCAAAUACAAAAUAAAUCUAAAAUUGUAAUGAGGGUAAAUAUAUAUAUAAAUAUAUAUAUAUAUUUAUUUAUUUUUAUCUAGGAAGUGUACCAAGUUACGCAAGUGAAAGUAAAAUACUUUUUUUUUUUUUUCCCUUUUAUAUUUUUGACUAGUUUGUUUUGUUUUUUUUGUUUUUUUUGGGGGGGUUCUGUAAAGGAAACGGGAAAAGUACUAAAUAUUUCUCUUACAGGGUAAAUCCAAAAGGGAAGUCUUACAGCAGACUGAAUGUUUCCUUUAGAUGUGGGAGAGGGGGUGGAGGGGCGCCUAAGUUGAGCAACAAUAAAAUACCAAUAUUAUAUUUACUUGUAUCGAAAAUCAUAAUCUCAGAUUCCUGUUAAGGAGCAGGUGAAACCGAAAACGAGAAUGGAUUUCAGCAUAGUCUAUUAGUCGACUAUACGAUGGUAAUGUGAAAAUCUCAUUUUAUUUUAAGAUCUGAUAAGAGUUGACAUUUCUAAAUCAAAUUAUUAGGGCUAGUUAGAUGGCAAUUGUUCAUAUGUUUGAGUUCUUUGGGGAUUUGUGUUUUGAGGGUUUUUUUGUUUUGUUUUUAUUUUAUAAAUGUGUAAUUUAUAUUAAUAAAAAUAUAAAUAAGUGUAACAUUUGUGUCUGUGAAAGCAAAACCUGUUUUAACCCCUUAAGGACACAGCUUCUGAAAUAAAAGGGAAUCAUGAUGGAAUAUUUCCGUCAUGUGUCCUUAAGGGUUAAGAUAUUGCUAGAAUUGAUCCAACGUAGAAGCUAUUUUUGUGAUUGAUAAAAGUCUAAACGUGUGUAUUUUCCAACCCCUUCUCCAAUUAUUUAUUUAUGAGAUGGCCAUACAGAUUUCUGUUGAUCUUUCUAUGGUGAGAAGACAUGCUGGAGCAAUUGCUUAUUUGAAGAAGAUUGUAUCCAGUUGCCUACAUCAAGGAAAACCAGCUUUCAGAAUGUAAACUUGGACUAAUUCACUGGUAAUUGAUCUACAGAGAGCUCGGAGCUUCAAAACAGAGAACUAGGUCCUGGUGCUCAAUAUUGCUUUUCGGUACAAUCUGCUUUUUCUAAAAAAACAAUAGCAGACUUACGAAUGUGGAAACCAAUGGAGUGUGUCCGCUGGAUUAUUCAGGUUGUAGAUGGUUAUUCUAAGAUGAAUAUAAAUAACACCAGUUAUAUCAAAUACUUAUCUGCUUUAUGGGGGAUCAUAUACACGUGCAUUUAAAAUAAAGAAUUGUGAAGUGUGUAGUAUGGGAAUAUAAUACCAUUAAGAGGCUCUGGAGACAUCACAUCAUUUAAGGUAGAGUGAACAUCUAGAUGUCCCUUUUCCAGGAUAUACAAGUCAUUGCCGUGUAUCAUUUCUGUUACAUGAAUUCUUUAGGGGUUAUAAUAUUGCUGGGAAACCGAGCCUGCCUGAUAUUAGUGGGUAUUAUAUGCCUAUGCAAAUACCUGCCCAUGUCCUUAAUUCAGCUCAUCUACCAUUACCGAUAUGCUGGGAGAAGAGCUGUAGUGAUGGGGAAACCGUUUGUUUAUAUCUAAGUUGUUUGUUCCUGUUUAAAAUUAAGGACAGUAACAGAAUAUAGUCUGCUGCCCAGAAGUGUAAUUUCCACUAUUCUUGAGCAGACUCUAACUGAUAUGUUGUACUACUGCCCUAGGAUUGGUAGAACCAGUGUUGCAUAGUGUCAGUUGUGGUGAAACACUUUUUUUAUUGCAUAAUGUUAUAUCUCCCUCUUUGCGGUAUCGCUAAGUAACUCACACAAUGACGUGAAUGCCACACAUUCUCAUUAAGCUCUCUCAGUCUGGUACAAAAUGUCCUCCACUGAUUAUCCAUGUUGUUUCUUUCAGUGUUCUCAGUUACCAACAGUGCCAUGCUAACUGCCAUUUAACUCUAGUAUUAAGGCUGUAUUUCAAGUUUCCUGGGCUUUUUACAAAUAAUCUCAGUUAGUAAAUGUACCAUAUGCUGUGGCUUAUAUUUCAAAAAUAAGCCAGCAAUAAUUAUUUAAUAUUGAAUCCAGUGACACGUAUUCUGUUUGUACCAGCUCAUGUUACCUGUUGUGUUAUAAAUGUCAAAGUGAUGUCUGUAACAAUAAAGAAUCCAAAACUGAUUAAA